AUGCGCCACUUCCUCCUAUUACUCUUCUUUCAUAUCAGUUUUGUAGAAAAUUCGUUGCUACCAAGAAUUAAAAGGCAAUCAGAUGUUGGAUCUAAUGCUGAAACUAAUGGAAAUGGAGAUACCGUUCUCACUGACGCAUCGACCCAGCAUUUCAAAUCUCCAGACGGUGUAGUGGGUAUGAAUGUUUCUUCAAAUGGCAACUCUAGCGGAAUCGGGUCAUCAAAUAUUGAAACUUCUGCAGGAGGAAAUGUUGGAGACAGUACAGAUAUUGAUAAUGUGGCCAAUGUGAUGUCUGUUGGAGACAACUCCAAUUCUUACUCCGAUAUCUUUGCUGCUGUAGAGGGAGAAAAGUUCACGUCAAAUGUGGUACAACAAGGGAGAGUAGCUGGACAAGGAGCAACUCUGUCCAACGUCAACGGAGGAAGUUCCAUGCAAAAUCAUAAUGGAGAAAAAAAGAAUGGGUUCUCGUAUGGAAACGCUGGAGGAACUGGAUCAAUUGACACGGAAGCAAAUGUUCAGACACAACAAUCAAUGAGUUGGGAUCAGCUGUUAGCCAGAUUGAUGGCGUCUGCAACUGCAUCUGGAGUUGGAAGUUCUCAAUCCAAUGUUGAUAUGGGAACCGGAUCAGGAGACAAGAGAAACGGUAUGAUUAACGGGACUAGUGAGGAAAUUGUUGGAACAAUGUAUGGUGUGGCAUCUGGGAAAGGAAACUCUACACUUGUUGGUGCAAGUUCAAUUGUGAGCAACCAAUCGUCAAGUCUCGGAGAAAUCCAAGCAUUUGGUAACUCGAAUGCGUUCUCAAGUGGGAACACUUCAGUGAAUUUGAUGUCUAACACCAAUAUCCUAGACGACACUGGGCUAGGAGUGGUCCAUAUUGAUGGUAAAGGUCACGGUACCGAUAACUAUGUUGUGGCAAGCAACGGACUGAAAUUUGUCAAUGCUGAAAACGAUGCAGCAUUUAUGGGUUCUGGUAAUGUGAAGGGAAUCGGAAGUGAUCAGAACUCUAAUGCGUCACAGACAGUGGAAACCGCAGUGGAUCCAAGUGGAGUGGUGAAAAUCAUUGCACGGAGUAAUGGACAAUCAAUGUCUCACGAUGGAAAAAACGCUUCACUCACAUUUAAUGACAAUGGAUUGGUUGGAGGAUGGAGGAAUUCUAGUUACAGUGGAUACGCCAACGGUGUUGGAUCUGCAAAUGGAAAAGACUCUAAUGUGACAGGGCAGGGAUUUGUUGAAAUGAAUGGAGACUCAAUGAAUGGAAAUUCUUCAAUGCAGGCAUUUGGAACUGGAAGUGGUAUAAUAUCUGCAGAUACAAAAGCAGUGCUCAACGUUGAAGAGAAUGGUGUGCAGAGAAAUGGAACGGUUAACGGAAUUGCAGCCGCUGACGGAAACAACACACAUGUUGAAAGCUUGUCUGUCAUCAGCAAUAUUGACGGAUUUGAAACUGUGAACAAUUAUCAAAAGAUAUCCUCUUCUGGUGCUGGGGCUUCAAGUGUUUCCGCGUCUAGUUCAACAAUUUUCAAGAGAAAGAAGCGUUAUUCUGUAUUGGCCAAGAUUUUGAAAAAAUGA